AAGGAAACAACGAAGAAAAGAAAUACUGUUAAAGGCCACGUGUACGCAGAGAGCACUGUCCGGGAUCGUGGGUGCAUAUAGGGCUUGGUUGUUUUUUAUCUGGAAACAGCGGCUGAGGGAGCGUUCCCUCUAACCGGAAGCGAUCGCUUGAGGGCACUCAAAGACCGUGUUAGGACAGAAUCGGGCGCCAGAGGGCGCUGGGUAGGAUCAGCAGCCGGAAAUGAUCAAGGACAGAGGAGAAAUGGUCAGUCCUAACUUCCGGGAUUCGGUAGGCCGUUCGGAAGCUUGAGGGAGAGGCCUGUUGGGAAGCUUAAAAGAUGAGAGGCUGCGGGGCUCGGUUGGCCUGCGUAUGUUUGCUUUGAGCACUGCGGCCGGACCAACAGCUCACCAUGUUCCUGGCGCGCCUGACUUCACAGCUGGUCAGGACUGUUGUUCCCUGGGCAGGUUUCAGUCGUUCCUGGCCUGGCUCUGGGCUGAUUGGCAGCCAUGCUUUUCGACCCCUUUACAGUUUGCAGCCUGCAAGCCCAAGUUGGGCUGCCUCCCUCCCUGGUAAGAGGGCCCAGUUAGAGCUUGAAGAGUUCCUGGUCCCCAGGAAGAUGGCCAUCAGUCCUCUAGAGAGCUGGCUGACUGUUCAAUACCUGUUGCCCAGACUGAAUGUUGAGGUCCCAGUGACUCUGGCUCCCUCCCAAUUCUACAAAUGUCCACCUAGCCAGGGGGAGGAGGAAGCCAAGCAGGGAGACAGGGAAGUCUGGGAUGCCACUCCAAUGCAGUGCAAAAAUGUGCUGAAGAUCCGAAGGCGGAAGAUGAACCACCACAAGUACCGUAAACUGAUCAAGAGGACACGGUUUCUACGUCGUAAAGUCCGGGAAGGACGUCUGAAAAGGAAGCAGAUCAAGUUUGAGAAAGACUUGAAGCGCAUCUGGCUGAAGGCAGGCCUGAAGGAAGCCCCUGAGAACUGGCAGACCCCAAAGAUCUACAUGAAGAACAAAUAAAUCUGGGUUCCCGUCCCUCUGGCCCUUGCACUGCUGCUACCUACCUUUUAUAAUAAACGUUGGAAGGACUCAAUUAUUCUA